UUUUCAUCUAGUGAAACAACUUCACAAAGCAUUUUUAUGUGAAUUCUUUACGUCCUUCAAGACUUUCUUACGCAAAAAUCGUGCUAAAAUUCACUUCUCACUGUGAUCUUACUCAGUUUAGUUGUAACAUCCUUGAGUUUAGUCGGAUAACGUAGAUAAAAGUGAAAAAAGAAAAUAAAAAAAAAAGUUCCAAUUGGAUCGCAGUAGAGAAAGAGAGAAGCAAAAUAAUAGCAAAAAAAAAACAACAAAAGAGAAGGAAAAAAAAUAGUUUUUUUUAUAAGUUCACAUAAAUUUUUAUAACAAAAUAUAAAAGAGUUUUCUACGUGUGUGCAAUUUUAUUGUAACUUAAAAAAACGAGAUUUCCUAAAGACAAUAUCAUGAACGUAUCAGUAUCGGACGAAGAUUGUUUACGGGAUUGUGAGCAGUAUAUCUCAACACACAGUAUUCAGCGGGUGCUCAAAGAUGCAAUCGUUCAACUUUGUGUAUUUCGACCAGAGAAUCCAGUGACAUUUUUGCGACAAUAUUUUCAGAAAUUAGAACGAGAACAAGCCAAAUUAGAUGCAAACAAACAAGCAACAAGUCCAGAUGAGUUGGAGGAUCUAUCACCUAUGCCACCGACAUCAGUGCCACCUGUGCGACGACGAGGUGCAUUCUCAGCAGAGCCUGUAACAGAAGAAGAUGCCACUAGUUAUGUUAAAAAAGUUGUACCAAAAGACUAUAAAACAAUGGCAGCACUCUCAAAAGCCAUAGGAAAAAACGUGCUUUUCGCACAUUUAGAUGAAAAUGAACGUUCAGAUAUAUUUGAUGCAAUGUUUCCAGUAAAUUGUCUACCCGGUGAAUCCAUCAUACAGCAAGGCGACGAGGGAGACAACUUUUAUGUUCUUGAUAUAGGAGAGGUUGAGGUAUUUGUGAAUGCUGAAUUGGUAACAACAAUCGGCGAGGGUGGAAGCUUUGGAGAACUCGCACUUAUUUAUGGAACGCCUCGUGCCGCAACAGUACGUGCCAAAACUGAUGUAAAAUUAUGGGGUAUUGAUCGUGACUCCUAUCGACGAAUUCUUAUGGGCUCAACAAUCAGAAAACGCAAAAUGUAUGACGAGUUUUUGUCUCGCGUUUCAAUCCUCGAAAGUUUAGAUAAAUGGGAGAGACUUACUGUUGCUGAUGCACUAGAGCCAGUCAGUUUUGAGGAAAGUGAAACGAUUGUGAAACAAGGGGAGCCGGGUAAUGAUUUCUACAUAAUUGUUGAAGGUUGUGCCACUGUCUUGCAGCAGAGAGGAGAGGGUGAGGAGCCAUCAGAAGUCGGUCGACUUGGUCCAUCAGAUUACUUUGGUGAGAUCGCUCUUCUACUGGACAGACCCCGUGCAGCUACUGUAAUUGCACGUACUCCAUUAAAAUGUGUCAAACUUGAUAGAGCUCGCUUUGAGCGAGUAUUGGGCUUAUGUGCCGAUAUUCUCAAACGCAACAUUACUCAAUACAAUAGCUUUGUAUCAUUAUCAGUUUAAGAGAUACAAGAAGAGAAGGAAUUAAAAGUUAUUAAAAUGCAAUGAAAUCGUAAAAAGUAAUAUCAGUUUUUUCAGUUCUUUUCUCUUUUUGUUACGUAUUUAAAAUGAAUUAAUAUUUGAUAAUAAUAAUAAUGAUAAUAUUUAAAAGAUCAUUUUUCAUUUAUGAUAUGAUGAUAAUGUAGCUAAAUUAUUAU